AAGUGCCAAACAAAAAUUUGUACAUUUCAGACACCGAAGCCUUUCAAACCACGGUGCUGCACAACUUCAUUGCCAAGUCUCUCGCUCUCUCGCUGUGAAAAUGUCAGACGGAGUGUUGACCAUCCUGGACGGGAGCCAGCUGAGAUCGCUGGACCUGACUCUGCCGGGAGGCGACGUCGCUUUGACAGGCGGCGAGGUCUUGGACCUGGCCGAAUCAAGAGCCUCCUCGGCUCUCUUCGGCAUCUCAUUGCCCGAUACUCUAAAGCGCUCCGCUCUCAGACGCAUCUACGUCGACGACGUCGUCUCCUUCAGCCGCACCCAACUCGGCCGAGACCAAGUCUCCCAAUAUCUUUCAGACUACCACUCUGCCAUCGCCGAUCAACUAAAAGAUGAUCCACUUGUCAUAGUGACAUUGAAUGGAAACAUUCUUCGAUUGUUUUUGGAGGACGAGGAUGAUUUUGCGAUGAUAGCAGAGAAUUUGUUCACCGAUUUAGAUGCAGAAGAUAAGGGGAAGAUCAGCAAGGGUGAGAUACGGAAUGCUCUUGUCCACAUGGGGGUUGACAUGGGUGUUCCUCCUUUCUCAGAAUUCCCUCAGCUAAAUGAAAUCUUGAGGAAACACGGGGCAGAGGGAGAAGAAGAAUUGGGUCAAGCACAAUUUGCGCAAUUGCUCCAGCCUAUUCUUCAAGAAUUAGCGGAAGCCUUGGCGGCGAAGCCUGUUGUUUUCACCCAGAAUAUCAAAGUCAUUAAUGGUUCUAAGCUGAAAAAGAUUUUGGAUGAUGAGGAGAAAUUAAACCAUAUUGUAGAGAAGAUGUUGGAGGAAAAGCAUACUGGAAAGGAUGGCCUAGGGAAUGUUGAGUUAUUGAGGGGCUUCCUUGAAAGAAAUUGGAAAGGGUUGGGCUUGCCACCAUCAGAAGCCAAUGAGGCAGUGGUUCUUCUCUAUGAUGUAGUCUUUGCUGAUGUGAAGAACAACAAAAGUGCUGUGGAGUUAGAGAAGAAGGAUGAAUUGGGAAAACUCUUGAAGGAGAUCCUCCAUAAAUUUGCUGAGCAGCUUGAAGCUAAUCCUGUUUAUCAUGCUCAUGAUCAUUGAGUUCUGAAACAGGUACACAGUUGUUUGUACAUCCACCCCCUUGCAGGCACUUAAUCAACAAACACUACAUUGCAACAUCCCUUCCAUAUUGGUGGUGUUGAGUUGAGAACAUGUUUCAUUGUGAUUUACUACACAUAUAUGAGGCUUUUGAGUGGCUGCAGGGGUAUAUAUAAUAUAGCCUUCUAUAGGAAAACGAAAACAAGUUUUAAGGAGUAAAAAGGGGGGGCAUUGGAAACACUUCCUGUCACUGUGUUGAAUUGGCUGAUAGUUUUACUCUUUGAUAUCUUAUAUAGCCUUGGAUACACUUUUACUCUU